GCAAAAACAACAAAAUCUCACCAAGUCCUAAUUAAUAUUUUAGAAAAAAAUGAAACCAUCGAUUUACUUUGUAACGGUUUUCAUACUUGUCAUUGUCAGUCUACCAACGGCGAUCCCUCACGACUACUCCGACGCUCUUAGAAAGUCAAUCCUCUUUUUCGAAGGUCAACGCUCUGGUCGUCUUCCAAAACAACAAAGGAUGGCGUGGCGAGGUGACUCCGCACUCAACGACGGCAGAAACCUAAAUACCGACCUCGUUGGUGGUUACUACGACGCCGGAGACAACGUUAAGUUUCAUUUCCCGAUGGCAUUUACGGCCACGAUGCUUGCUUGGAGUUCUAUUGACUUCGGGAGUUACAUGUCUCCGAAUGAUUUCGGACAUAACCUCGUAGCUCUCAAGUGGGCCACCGAUUAUCUCCUCAAGACCGUUUCACAACUCCCUAAUCGCAUUUUCGUCCACGUAGGUGAAGCACAACCGGACCAUAAUUGUUGGGAAAGACCGGAAGAUAUGGACACGCCACGAACCGCUUUCGCCUUAGACGCACCACUUCCAGCUUCCGAUUUAGCGGGAGAAAUCACAGCAGCUUUAGCAGCGGCUUCGAUUGCAUUCAAACAAGCAAAUCCAACAUAUUCCAAAAUAUUACUCGAUAAAGCCAUACAAACGUUUCAGUACGCAGAUUCUCAUCGCGGUUCUUAUACCGAUAAUCCGGCAGUACGCCAAGCCGCUUGCCCUUUUUACUGUAGUGUUAAUGGAUAUAAGGAUGAGUUGCUAUGGGGAGCUGCGUGGCUAAGAAGAGCAACAGGCAUAGAUUAUUACCUGACAUACUUAGUGAACAAUCGUCAAGCUUUUGGUGCAGAUUUCAAUUACUUGGAGUUUGGCUGGGACAACAAAGUCGGGGGUGUUAAUGUUCUAAUUGGCAAGGAAGUAUUUCAGAAGAAUGUGUCUGCGUUGGCAGCAUAUAAAGAUACGGCAGAGAAAAUGAUGUGCGCAUUUUUGCCGGAAACCACCGGUCCACACAUGAGUUACACUCCCGGCGGUCUCCUUUACAAGCAUGGAGGCACCCAACUCCAGAACACAGCUGCACUAUCUUUCCUCCUCCUUACCUAUGCAGAUUACCUCUCUAGUUCCUCUCAGCAACUCAGCUGUGGUAACCUCAAGUUUCAACCAGACUCUCUUCGCCGCAUUGUCAAAAGACAGGUAGACUAUGUUUUGGGAGAUAAUCCAAUGAAGUUGUCAUACAUGGUUGGGUACGGUGAGCAGUACCCGCGAGAGAUCCACCACCGUGGCUCGUCUAUACCGUCUGUCACCGUUCAUCCAAAUGCCAUCGGGUGCUUACCAGGAUGGAGUAUCUUCCAUUCACCCAAUCCAAACCCCAACAUUCUUAUAGGAGCGGUGAUUGGCGGACCCGAAGAAGAUGAUAAAUUUAUUGGAGGUCGGGAUCAUGCUGAAGAGACGGAACCCACAACGUACAUCAAUGCACCUUUUGUUGGUGUCUUUGCCUACUUUAAAAGCAACCCUAACUUCGCUUGAUUUUCGUUUCUUUUCCAAAUUUGUAAUAUCAUAUAUGAAAAAUGCAAACGUACGUACAUAUAUAUUAUUGAUGGAAUUAUAAGUAUGCAUCUCA